AUGCCGCAAAAAAAGAAAAGUAGUCUUUCUCAAUACACUAGAAGGGCUAAAAGGAUGAGACAAGUUCGAUCGCAAGAGACAAAUGAGGACCGUGAGCACCGUUUAGCUUACAAUAGAGAACAAACUGCGGAAUCUCGGGCAUCAGAGUCCAGUUUUAAUAAUGAAACGCGCUUAGCUACAGAUCGCGAACGUCACGCGUUGUCUCGCGCUUCGGAAACAUUAACAAAUUACUCUCAGCGUUUAAAAGUAGACCGUGAACGUCAUAUCGAGUCUCGAGCUUUAGAGACGUUUACGGAGCAUUCAGAAAGGUUGACUGCAGACCGUGAACGUCAUGCUGAAAGUCGCGCUUCAGAAACGUUUACGCAAUAUUCAGACCGCUUGACAGCAGACCGUGAGCGUCAUGCUGAGUUUCGCGCUUCGGAAACAUUUACGGAGUGUUCAGAACGGUUGACUGCAGACCGUGAACGUCAUGCUGAGUCUCGCGCUUCAGAAACGUUUACUCAAUAUUCGGAACGCUUGACUGCAGACCGUGAGCGUCAUGCUGAGUCUCGCGCUUCAGAAACGUUUACUCAAUAUUCGGAACGCUUGACUGCAGAUCGUGAGCGUCAUGUCGAGUCUCGCGCUUCGGAAACAUUUACGGAGUGUUCAGAACGGAUGACUGCAGACCGUGAAAGUCAUGCUGAGUCUCGCGCUUCAGAAACGCUAACUCAAUAUUCGGAACGCUUGACUGCAGACCGGGAACGUCAUGCAAGAUCACGUGCUUCGGAAUCAUUUACUCAAUAUGAAGCGAGGUUAGCAGCAGAUAGGGAGAGCCGUUCGGAUAGCAUGGCCAAACUUAUGGAGGUAUUCCAUAAGAGAAUGACGAACUUCGAAGAAGAGUUACGUAAAUCUCCCCAUUUAAUGUCCAACACUGCAUUACUUGCUGUGGAGUUCAUUCAAGGCUUUUGUGGUCCAAGCAUUGAGCAGUCUACAACAGCAAAUGGAGCUCCUGAACCAUACUGUCGAUCAGUUACAAGUAAGAAGUUGUAG